AGAGUUGCUUGCUUUGAAGUGAUGAGCGCAACCACAAUUGUAGGAGUAUAAGUGGAUCGCAUUCCUGCACACCACACAUUGGAGCGGCUGAGCUGAGCUGAGAAGCGGAAAGGGGUAUCUGUCGUCGUGCACACAUUUGAGCAUAAGCUAUACCACAAAUUGGGGCUCUCCAAGGAAGCUAAAUUGGAGGACGAGGGCGUGUUUGUUUUUACUGAGCCUUUCCGUUUUCAUUUUCUGCAGUCUUGGUAAGAGAACGGAAUAUAUUAGGGUCUGUUUCAAGGACUCGAGCAGAGAUGUCAGAGUUUCUGGUGAAUCUACUCGGGGAGCGGCUCGUCAACAGCGAGAAAGCCGAGGUGGAUGUACAGGCGCUGGGCAGCAAGCUGUCCCUGGUCGGGCUCUACUUCGGCUGCAGUUUAAACGGCCCGUGUAAGCAGUUCAACGCCAGUCUGUGUGAGUUUUAUAGCAAGUUCAAAAAAUCAUCUGAACAUAAAGACACAUUGGAAAUCGUCUUCGUCUCAUCUGAUCAGGACCAGAAACACUGGCAAGACUUUUUACAGGAGAUGCAAUGGCCGGCAUUGCCUUUCAAAGAUAGACACAAAAAGAUGAAGCUGUGGAACAAGUAUAAGGUGACCAGUAUUCCCUCGCUGGUGUUUGUGGAUGCAGCCACAGGGAAGGUGGUGUGUCGGAACGGACUCCUGGUGGUGAGAGAUGACCCCAAAGGCCUGGAGUUCCCCUGGGGGCCCAAGCCCUUUGCGGAGGUGGUGGCCGGCCCUCUGCUCAGGAACAACAGGCAGACGACAGACAUCAGCUCCCUGGAGGGCCACUAUGUGGGAGUGUACUUCUCAGCACACUGGUGCCCUCCAUGCCGCAGUCUGACCCGGGUGCUCUUGGAAUCAUAUCGCACUGUGAAGGAAUCGGGUCAACAUUUUGAGAUGGUGUUUGUCAGCGCUGACCGGUCGGAGGAGUCCUUUCAGCAGUACUUCAGUGAGAUGCCUUGGUUGGCAGUUCCAUACUCAGAUGAGGCCCGACGAUCACGACUCAACAGACUCUUUGGAAUACAAGGUAUUCCCACCCUUAUUCUACUGGACGCGGAGGGUCACAUGAUCACGCGACAGGGCCGUGUGGAGGUGCUGAAUGACCCAGAGUGUCGGCUCUUCCCCUGGCACCCCCGGCCCGUACUGGAGCUCAGCGAGUCCAACGCCGUGCAGCUCCACGAGGGGCCCUGCCUCGUGCUCUUUGUGGAUGCGGAGGAGGAGGGAGAGCUGGAGCCGGCGAAGGAGCUGAUCCAGCCAAUUGCAGAGAAGAUCAUGACUAAGUACAAAGCCAAGGAGGAGGAGACACCACUGCUCUUCUUCGUGGCUGGAGAGGAUGACAUGAGUGACUCCCUGCGUGACUACACCAACCUCCCAGAGGCAGCACCCCUGCUCACCAUCCUGGACAUGUCUGCCCGGGCCAAGUACGUUAAGGACGUGGAGGAGAUCACACCGGCCGUGGUGGAGACCUUUGUCCAAGACUUUCUGGCUGAAAAGCUCAAACCAGAGCCCAUCUAGAGAGCACAGCUAAACUGUCCCAAAUGGCACCCUAUUCCCUGCAUAGUGCACUGCUUUUGACCAAGGUCCAUAGUCCUGGUCUAAAGUAGUGCACUAUAUAGGGAAUAGGGUGCCAUUUGGGGGACACACCUAAACUUAUGGGACUGAACCCACACCUCCAUCAAACCCUGAACUCCCGGCUACCACCACCAGCCUCCUCUCCAGUCUCCCCCCUUUCUGUCAGACAACGAUCUCACUUUUUACUGACAUCAACUUGUUUUAGACAUGUCUUUCUCUCAUGGAGUCUUCUCCUGUGGUGCCUUGCAUUGACUACAGCCCCUACAGUAAUAUAUGGACAUUCUGUUGCUUUUUGGCUCCAAUUGCUUAUUUUAUCAGUUUCAUUAUUGGCAUUUCUUGAUACUAGAAGAAACCACACAAUGUUGACCCAAUGGACUUGAAUUUUCACAAUGUCUCUUACUUUUGCCGAACCCUCAUUGCUUUUUUCCCUCCAAAAAGUGCUGGGAAAGAAUAAAAUGAUUGCAACAAA